AUGUCAGAGGGUCAACUGCAGAAAGUAAACCUUCAGAGCAACGAUGGCCAGUCCAUCGAGGUUGAUCGCGCCGUCGCAUGCCGUUCUCGUCUGAUCAAGGACCUGAUUGGCGAUCUGGGCGAGGAGAUGGUCGCUUCCACACCAAUUCCAAUUCCCAACGUCAGCGAGGCCGUUCUGAGGAAGGUUCUCGAGUGGUGUGAGCACCACCGCAACGACCCCGCUCAGACAAGCGACGAGGACAGCGAAAGCCGCAAGAAGACUACCGAUAUCGACGAAUGGGAUCAGAAGUUUAUGCAGGUCGACCAGGAGAUGCUGUUUGAGAUCAUUUUGGCGAGCAACUACCUUGAUAUCAAGCCACUACUCGACGUCGGUUGCAAAACGGUUGCCAACAUGAUCAAGGGCAAGUCCCCAGAGGAGAUUCGCAAGACAUUUAACAUCACCAACGACUUCACACCCGAAGAGGAAGAACAGAUCCGUCGUGAGAACGAGUGGGCUGAGGACCGUUAA